AACUGACAUUAAAAAUAUAAUAUGCAAUUUAUUUUAUUGUUUUGUUUAUUGUAUUUAUUGUUUUAAAAUUUUACUUCAUUUUUUUAAAUUAAAAUUAUUCCGAUAAAAGAAUCUUACAUCUGGUUUUACUUUUAGUAUUAAUUUAUUUUAUUUAUUUUAUUCAAACCAAAAAUUUAUCUUAAUAAAAUGGAAUUAAUUUUAUACUACCAUAAAAUUGCGUAUAAUUUCAUAAUGCACACUCUUCUAACAGUAACUAGAAAUAUGUCUGAACAAAGCUCUACAAUUUUUUUUAAUUUUCUAUAACAAAAAAUUAUUACCGCAAUAUAAACACAAUUUUAGAAAUUAUUAAUUAUAAUAUCUUUUAAAACUUUCAUUAUUAAAUGGCUCGUGCUACAGCUUGUACUGUAUUCUAUAUCGUUAUAGUAGUAUAUAUACACCAUAAAGUAAACGGACUGACUUGUGUGCCGGUAUUAUCUACUGGACGAACUGUUUCGUGGCGCGAAUUGUUACCGACGUAACGCGUUUGCACAAAACGACAACACGUGAGGAAGACGUUCACGUUGUAACGUGUGUCAGAUCUCACGUGCAGAAAAAUAAUUGAGUAAAUCAGUGAAGUGAUUUAUAUAGUAUAAAUAAUGAGUGAGACGUAUAAGCGAAAGUAUUUGCCACUUUCCCGUCGUCGACUUUCUACAAAGAGAGGCUGGGUACAAAGGCGACGGUUAAUGAAGCAGUUGCAAACAAUUCUGGAAGAUGAUAAUAGUAUUGAAACAAACAAUACUAAAAAUCAAUCUCUUUAUUGUCAGGAGUCAAUAAAUCGAACUACUCCCGAUGUGAUAGAUUUGGAAAAUGCAACUGAUAAAAUAUUAAACGUAAGUACAAUCAAAGUAACAAUCAAAGAAAAUAAAUACGAAAAAGUCGACAAUAGCGAAAAUGACGACGUACUUGUUGUUGACAACACAGGUGUUCUGGACAUAGGUGCUAUCCAAGAGAACUUACCUGAAGGUCGUCGCAUUGUCGAUCUACGUUUCGUAUUGAGGGAAGUACGCAGGUCCUAUGUUGAACAUAAACGAGGAAUAGAUUGCUCGUUUAAUGAUUGGAUACCUGUGAAGUUCCAUUGCCGUGGGUUAUUGACACAAGUAUUUUACAAGUGUAAAAUGUGUCAUUAUGAAACUAGCAUUUGGUCAGAACCCACGGAAUCUGAUAAGCUAGAUAUUAAUACAGCUGCUGUAUCCGCAACGAUUACAGCUGGAAUUGGUUAUUCAACGCUGCACGAGAUGUGUGCAGGAAUGAAUAUUUCUUGCAUGUCUGAAGUCACUUAUAUUAAAUAUCGAGAAAAAGUUUUCGAAAAUUUUCAAGAAACUGCCUUGGAAAAUAUGAAAAAGGCAGGCGAGAUUGAAAAACAACUAGCGAUAGAGAAUAAUGAAGUAAUAGAUGGAAAGGGACUCAUAGCUGUUGUUGCGGAUGGCAGUUGGAAUAAGAGAUCGUACGGUAAAGGUUAUGAUUCCCUUUCCGGUGUGGGUACAAUACUUGGCUACCGAACACGGAAAGUUCUCUACAUGGGUGUUUUCAAUAAAUAUUGCUCGCAAUGUGACUAUGACGAGCGAAAUGGUUGUGAACCAAAAAUUCAUAAGUGCUUUAAAAAUUUUGAUCGCAAUAUAAGUUCCACACGUAUGGAAAGCGAUGCUAUUGCACAAGGUUUCAACUGUAGUAUUGAAAUGCAUGGAUUAGUUUACAAAACACUUAUCGCCGAUGGCGACAGUAGUGUAUAUAAAAGCAUUAGAGACAAUGAUCCAUAUCGCAAACUGAUGAUAACGGUUGAAAAAAUAGAAUGCAAUAAUCAUAUGUUUCGCAAUUUUGAUAAAAAGAUGGAUAUCGUAAGUGCAAUGACUCAAUCGAAAACGAAAAAAAGACCUGGUUUUAUUGAGACAAGAAAGAUUGUUAAAAAAUAUAAGCAAAAAAUUCGAGAGGAGGUGAUGCAAGCAGCUUCGUUACAAAGAGAAAAAGACCGACCUCAGCAUGAGAAGGUGAGGGAAUUACGAUUCGACAUAUUAAACAUUCCCAGCCACGUGUACGGUGAGCAUAAACGAUGUAAGGAACGUGGUCGUGAAUGCAAAAUUGACCGUGAAACGGAAAUAAAUUAUGUUCCGCAUUUGAAAUUACACGGUUUCUAUCAAAAAAUUAUGGAUGCUAUCAAGUAUCUAAGUAUUCACGCCGAUAGCUUGCUACAAAACGUAACGAAUAAUCCUGCAGAAGCGUAUCAUUCCAAUAUUUGCAAAGUACUGGGUGGAAAGCGUAUAUUUUUUGGCGCACGAGGUUCUUACAACGCCAGAAUUGCAGGAUCAGUUCUGCAACACAAUACACAGCAAGUUCUUAUAGAACUGCAUCAAGGUAUGGAUAAAACUGUUCCUGUAAUGGUUGAAAAGUUAGAAAAACAACGACAAAUAAAAGUUACAAGAACCAGGGAAUCUCGAAAAACAGAUGGGAGGAAAAGGAAAUGGAAACAAGAAUCAAAAACAGAUUGUCAUUAUGGCCCCCAAUCACAAAAACCAGAUCUUCCAGAUGACGUUUUUGAACAAUUUCGGGAAAAACAUAUAGAAAAGCUUACCGAAAAUGCAAAAAAAUGGAAGCAAAUCGAACGAGAUACGAUAGAACAGAGUGAAUCCGAAAUUUGGUUAGCAUUGAGACGUGAAAUGUUGACAGCAUCCAAUUUUGGAAUUGUAUGCCGUAUGAGACCGACAACUUCUUGCGCAUUGACAGUCAAGAAUAUUUUGUACCCUUCCGUAGUUGACACCGCAGGUAUGAAGUAUGGUCGAGAAAACGAAAAAGAAGCCAUAAAAGUCUUGGCGACAAAAUUGAACAAAGAUAUACAACCUUGCGGAUUAUUUAUUGAUUAUAAAAACCCAUGCCUUGGUGCUUCUCCUGAUGGUCUCAUAGAAGAAAAUGGUCUGGUAGAAAUUAAAUGCCCUUUGUCUGCAGAACAAUUGACAGCGGAAGAAGCCAUAAAGACAUUACCCGCUCUAAAAGGCAUAUUUGCUAAAAAAAAUCAGGAGGAAAUUAAUCGGAAUCACCGAUUUUAUUAUCAAAUCCAGGGUCAAUUAAACAUUACGCGGCGAGAAUAUUGCAUUUUAGCGAUAUGGACACCAAAAAGUAUAAAAUUAGUGCAUGUUAAUAGAGAUGCUACUUUUUGGAGUAAUAAAAUGUUGCCUGCCUUAUUGCGCUUCUAUAAUGAAUGCAUGUUACCAGAAAUCUUGGACAGUCGCCAUAAUAGACACAUGCCUAUCAGGAAUCCGACAUAUAUUUUAGAAGCGCAAGCAGAAGCGGCAAAAAAAAUUCAUAUUCGGACGGAAAAUAUUCCGCAAAAUACAAUACAAAAUGAAGAUAUUCUAAAAGAAAAAAAAAUAAAACGUGAUUUUUCAUCCACAGAAAAAUCAAAUAAUGCUGCAGUAAAUAUAGAAGAUGAUGACUGCGUGAUUGUCAGUUUUACUAAAGAGAUGCAAAAUAAAACUGACAAGCAAAUGGCAAGUGUAAAAAAAUACUUAGAUGAAGAAAUUCCUCUCAUCUCAGAUAUAAAAAAAAAUGUCUUGCCAAUAAACAGCAGAUUAGAUGACGUUUCCUUAGCACAAUUUUUACGCGUUGUAAGAGAAACAUCUCAAUUUGAAACACAAAAUGUGCUAUAUAUAGCUUUUCCCGAUAUGAUUGAAGCUAGUCAAAGCAAUAAAAGCUUACAAAUCAUAGGCGGAAAUUGUAGCGAUCACUGGCGAUGUAUUUUUUUUGAUGGUAAUAAACUUCAUGUGUAUGAUAGUUUACCCAACUGCACAUAUGAAAGAUUGGUAGCCGAAGAAAAGAAUUAUAUACAUCGUCGUUACCCUAAAAUAAGUCAAAAUGACAUUAUAUAUGAAAAAGUUCAAACCCAACCUGAUGGCACAAGUUGUGGAAUUUAUGCAGCAGCUUUUGCCACAACUGUAGCAUUAGGAGAUAGUCCUUGUAAUAAAAAAUAUUCCAAGGAUGUAAAAUGUAUGAGACAACAUUUUAUCAGAAUUAUCGAGAAUAAUAAACUUAUGCCUUUUCCCAGCAUAUAAACGUGUGGGCUUGUAAAAUUAUUACAACUUGAUACGUUUACUUUGAUACUUGAAGCGUCUACUUAGACGGUACUGGUAAAAUUGAUAAUACCUGAUGCGUCUAUUUUGACAGCAUUGAUAAAAUUGUUGUAAAAAUGUACAUUUUAAGCGGAGAAACAAAGAAAUGUUGGUUGUGUUUCACGGGACUGGGCGAUGGAGGGGCCUAUUCCAUUAGUAUAAAAUUAACAAUACUUUAUGCAUCUAUUUAGACGGUACUGGUUAAAUUGAUAAUACCUGAUGCGUCUAUUUUGAUAGCAUUGAUAAAAUUGUUUUAAAAAUGUACAUUUUAAAGCGGAGAAACAAAGAAAUGUUGGUUGUGUUUCACGGGACUGGGCGAUGGAGGGGCCCAUUCCAUUAGUAUAAAAUUAACAAUACUUUAUGCGUCUAUUUAGACGGUACUGGUUAAAUUAAUAAUAAUGCGUUUAUUUAAACAAUAACGGAAUAAUUACUAACAAUUUGUUUAUUUAGAUGGUACUGGUCAAAAUUAAGAUAAAUGUUUUAAACUUUAACAAAAAAUUUUUUUAUACCAAUAAAGCACAAUUAAUUUUUUAUACGCACUGUAUCCAAAAUAAAAGAAAAAAUAUAAUGAACGGUCUUAUCCAUACUUUUUACACAACGUAAGAAAAAUGGUCAUAAAAUUUUAAUUACUAAUAAAUUUUUAAUUAUUGUUUUAGUUUCUGAUAUAGAUCAAGAUGAAUUUGAUAGCUGAAUUCUAGAUAAAAUUAAUUAAUAGUGCCGAAAGGGGAACCAAAAAGGGAAAAAUAUAUAGAAAGGGAAACCAAAAA